AUGCACUCUUCUCACUAUGCCGACGAGACCAACACCGUCGCUAAGAAACGUGGAGACUCAUUUCGAUUGCCGAAGAAAAGAACACUAGUCGUCGCCCCGGUCCUACGGCAAUGGACGAACCUACCCACGUUACAGGCACUUCAUCUUCAAGGUGCCGUUUAUUCAAGCAAUACGAAGCCCAACGCAUUGUCGCAUGAUCGACCCGGCCCAGGCCCCCGGGCUAGUUCUACGCUCUAG